AUGGAUUCAACCCACAGCGAGCAGGUUCGCUCCCGCUUUCCCGCCCUGAAGCAGGACCAGGUCUACUUGGACAAUGCGGGCGGGAGUCAGACUCUGGAUUCCGUGAUCACAUCCAUCACCGACUAUCUCACAAAUAAUAAUGUCCAACUGGGCGCGUCAUACCAUGUCUCUCAGAGAUCCACCAGCCGCUUCGGCAAGGCGUUCGAAGCUGGCGCGCGGUACAUCAACGCCAACCAGGAUGAGGUCGUCUUCGGCUCCUCCACGACCCAGCUGUUCCGGAAUCUCUCGUACGUUCUCAAUUUUCAGCCGGGCGAUGAGAUUGUCGUAUCAAUGAUCGACCACGAGGCCAACAUUGCCCCCUGGGUUGCGCUGGCCAAGCGUCAAGAGUUGGUGCUCAAGUGGUGGAGGCCCAGUGGACGCGAGAACCCGAACCUGUAUGCGGGUUCCUUGUACCCCCUUCUUUCGCGCCGCACAAAGUUGGUCGCCUGCACGCAUGCCAGCAACAUCCUAGGCUAUGUCCACGACAUUAAAAGCAUCACCGCCGCUGCGCAUUCCGUGGGCGCCCUAGUCUGCGUGGAUGGUGUCGCCUACGCCCCCCACAGACCCAUCAAUGUCAAGGACCUCGGCGUCGACUUUUACGCCUUCUCGUGGUACAAGGUCUUUGGACCGCACAUCGCCAUGCUGUACGGUAGCUGGAGAGCACAGCAGCACCUCGGGUCGCUGGGCCACUUCUUUAACCCCCAGACUUCGCUCGACAACAAGCUUGGCAUGUCGGGCGCGAGCUACGAGCUAGCACAGGCGGUCCCGGAAGUGGUGGACUACCUCAUCCCGUCGGGCGCAGAGAGCCGGUUCAAGAACAUUGCCCAGCACGAGUGGGAGCUGCACUCGAUUCUGGUAAAGACGCUCCAGGAAUUUCAACACGUCACAAUCUAUGGGCUUGGAGACAACUCGCCAGCCACACGACUGGCCACUGUCAGCUUCACCGUGGAAGGAUGGGACUCCAAGGCUCUGGUGCUGGCUGUGGAGGCCGAGUCAAACUAUGGUAUCCGCUGGGGGUCAUUCUACUCUGAGCGUCUGGUCCGGGAUGUACUCGGGCUUGGACCGGAGGGCGUCGUGCGUGUCAGCAUGGUCCAUUACAACAGCGUUGAAGAGAUACAGGGUCUCUGCUCCCUGCUGGGCAAGCUCAUUGGGCAGAGCUCAGCGCAGAAAGUCUAG